UGAAAUUGAAUACAUUAAUGUUCAGAAAUGUUUUAAAAUGUGAGUAUAUACACCAUUAAAAAUAUUCAUUCUGUAUAAGUAGGAGAUGACACAAUUUUCAUAGUGCCUGAGGAAAUAUCCAGUGUUCCAUCUCAGGGUGCAUCUACACUGUAGAAUUAAUGCAAUUUGACACCACUUUUAACUGCCUUGGUAUAAAAGUUUAACGUUGCAUUAAAUUGUGUUAGAAGACACUGCAAUAAAUACACAGCAUGUGUAUGUGUGUGCCUUCAGGUUGUCUGCAAUCUCUUGCAUUUCUGUUUAUGUAAGCAAAAAACACUAGUUUAUCAUUGCCUUCAUCUGAAAUAGAGCUUACAGCACCUUGUAUUCUUCCAUGCAAAUACUAACAAGAACCAAUCCUGCUUAGCUUCCAAGAUCAACUAGGAUUGGUGUCUUCAGGGUAUCUAGGCCCAGUGUGCAGCCUGCAUACCAUGUAAAAAAAUUGCUGCAGUCAGCUAAUUGUCAAAUGUCUAUUGAAAAAAAGGUCUGCCAAAAAAUGAACAGAGAACUCAGCCUAACUUUCUGUAGAGAAGGAAUUUCAGCAUGUGGGAACAGCCAUGGAGAGAUCUUCCAGGUGUCCUUAUCAGACAGGCCUGUGACAAUAGUGGGACUGUGAAAAAAAACUUUUUCCUUAAGAUCUUGAGACUUAGGCAAGCUCAUGGAGACAGAUUAAUUUUUCCAGCUGGAUAACUCCAUGCUGGCUACAUGGUAUAUACCAUUAUUAGUACGGACUGAAGCGCCUUGCAUGCAGAGGCUGAGAUGCUGGAGUUGCAGAAAUAGCUCACUGAAUCUUGUGAUCACGUCAUCUAGUUGUUUCUAUGCAGCCUGUUACUGAAAACAGCACAAGAUGGUUCAGCCUAGCUUUCAUCGCAUAAGCUAAUUAUAUGUGCAUCUUAAUAAGCUUUUGCACACAAGCAUUUCUUCUUGCUGAAAAAAAUCUGAACUCCACAAAGCCUCGUUCAGGUUCCCAAAACAGCAUGCAUCAUGUAAUGACUGUAAUAAUAACUGUGAGUAUAAAACAUGAAUCUUACUUAAUCAUCUCAUUUAAUACAAGAGCAUUCGAAGCUUCACACACAUUUGAUGCCUUAUUGCUCAUGUUCCAUUUGCAUCUGCUUCUAUUUUAGAUUCAUGGCAAAAAUCACUUUUGGCAUCAGCUGCACACUUGUUCUGUUCUGUUACCAAGUUCUCUCGGUAGAAGUUUGCAGAAGGGAACAUUUUGUUGCUGCUGUGUAUGAACAUCAUGUCAUUCUGAAUCCCAACCCAACAGCUGUUACUGAUCGACAGUCUGCCUUGGACCUGAUGAAGAAAAACCUAGACAUUUAUGAAGAGCAAGUGAUUGCUGCCGCUGAACAGGGGGCGCAAAUAAUCAUCUUUCCUGAAGAUGGAAUCCAGGGCUUCAAUUUCACCAGAGCAUCCAUUUAUCCUUACUUGGACCUCAUCCCAUUCCCUGAUUCUGUGACAUGGAAUCCAUGCAAAGAAGCAUAUUUAUUCAAUGACACUGAGGUUCUCCAUCGACUCAGCUGUAUGGCUCUGAAGAAUCAACUGUUUUUAGUGGCAAACGUGGGAACCAAGCAGUUCUGUGAGCCCAGUGAUCCCUCCUGCCCACCAGAUGGAAGAUACCAGUUUAAUACCAAUGUAGUGUUUAGUGACAAUGGCACACUCAUAGCCAGAUACCGAAAACAAAACCUGUACUUUGAAUAUGCCUUCAAUACUCCAGCGGAAGUAGAUUAUAUUGUUUUUGAUACCCCUUUUGCAGGUAAAUUUGGAAUCUUCACUUGCUUUGAUAUCCUGUUUUAUGAACCAGCUGUACCCCUUAUAAAGCAAUACAAUGUAAAACAGGUUGUUUAUCCUACUGCAUGGAUGAACCAGUUACCACUUUUGUCAGCUGUAGAAUUUCAACAAGCUUUUGCAACGGCUUUUAGUAUCCAUCUUCUAGCAGCAAACAUCCAUCAUCCAGACCUGGGCAUGACAGGCAGUGGCAUAUAUACACCGACAAAAUCUUUCAUUUUUUAUGAUAUGGAAAGUGUUAACGGUAAGCUUAUAGUGGCAGAAAUCCCUGUUAUAUUAGAACAUGAAACCCAAAUGGCGAACUCUGUAAUAUCUAACAUACAAAAGAGCUUUUCAAGCUUCCCUAUGGACACACUCGUUUGUCACAAAGAGGAUCAAAAAGACUGCAGUGAGAUAGCAGAAGGAGCAUCCAAAGCAGCACUGCACAUUUUUUAUGGUGAAAUGAUGUAUGAUAAUUUCACUUUAGCACCCAUUCUGGAAGCCGAAGGAAAUAUCCACGUCUGUUCCAAUACACUUUGUUGUUAUUUAAAUUACCAGAGAUUGGAUUCAUCUAAUGAAUUGUAUGUUUUAGGGGUGUUUGAUGACCUACACACAGUACAUGGAACGUACUAUGUACAAGCCUGUGUGUUAGUAAAAUGUGGUGGAUCUAACUACACUACUUGUGGACAGGAAGUGACAAAGGCCACUGGAAUGAUAGAUUUUCAGCUUCAAGGAAAUUUCACAACUGCUUUUAUCUUUCCCCUGUUACUAAAAUCUGAUAUCACACUAGAUUUUGCUGACCAUCUGGGCUGGAAAAAUAACUAUUAUGUCAUGCAGAAAAGGGGAGGAUCUUCUGGCUUGAUAACAGCUGGUUUAUAUGGACGAUGGUAUGAAAAGGACUCAAACAGGACUUUGUACAACAAAAAUGUAAAUGGUUAUUCCAAGAACUUAAAUAAAAGAGACUAAUAUUCUAAAUAA